AUGUCGGCCGCCGUGGCGUGCCUGGACUACUUCGCCGCCGAGUGCCUGGUGUCCAUGUCCGCGGGCGCCGUGGUCCACCCGCGCGCGCCGGACCCCGAGGGCGCGGGCGCUACGGGCGCUGCGGGCGCCGCGGCGGCCGCCGCCGCCGCCAGCACCGGCUCGGAGGUGGAGGUGGGUGCGGCUCCGCCGCCGCCCGCGGACUCGGCGGGGCCGGGGCCGGGACCCCCGGAGCCGCCCGCGGAGGGGUCCCCGCCGCCCCCUGCCCCGGGCCCCGGCGGCGCGGCGCCCCACCUGCUGGCCGCGAGCGUCCUGGCCGACUGGCGCGGCGGCGCCGGCGACGGCGACGGCUCCGGGGAGGACUUGGGCGCAGCCGCUCCGCGCGCCUCGCCCGGCUCCCGAGAGCCCAGCGGGGGCUCCGCGACCAGCCCCGAGCCUCAGGCGGACCCGGACGGCAGCGGCGCCGACCUCCCCGCGCCCGAGCGCGCCCCGAGCGAGCAGGAGGCGGCCGAGGCGCCCGACGACUCCGCGGCGUCCGAGGAGCCGGCGGGGGAGUCGGACGCGCUCCCAGCCGCGGGCGCCGGCCCCGCCGCGCCCCCGGGGCCCCGCCGGCGGCCCGUGACCCCCGCCGCCAAGCGCCACCGCUGCCCCUUCCCGGGCUGCAACAAGGCCUACUACAAGUCGUCGCACCUGAAGUCCCACCAGCGCACCCACACCGGGGAGCGCCCGUUCUCCUGCGACUGGCUCGACUGCGACAAGAAGUUCACGCGCUCCGACGAGCUGGCGCGCCACUACCGGACGCACACGGGCGAGAAGCGCUUCUCCUGCCCGCUCUGCCCCAAGCAGUUCUCGCGGAGCGACCACCUGACCAAGCACGCCCGCCGCCACCCCGCCUACCACCCCGACAUGAUCGAGUACCGCGGCCGCCGGCGCACGCCCCGCGCCGCCCCGCCGCCCCCGCGGGUGGACAGCUCCGACUCUGGCUCCGGGACCGACCAGGCUCCCAGCUUCACCGCCUGCCUGUAUUUCGGGAGGGUGACUUCUCGGCGCACUCUCGCCAUGAGCAACCAGCCAGUUCUUGACCAGUUAGUAGUAAAUACCUUGGAAGGGGUUCCCUAUAUUCAUGGAUAUGAGCAAAGACUUGGAGGCAAUUCAGGAGUUAUUCAAGAGGUAUCUGGGAACAAUGUCCAGGAAGAGAGAACAUCUGGAGAAACGACCAUAGGAGGUGAUGUGAAGAAACAGAAAGGAAACCAGCGUGGCUGA